UAUAACAGAACAGAGUUCCAAUACUCAUUGUGUGCUGUAUUAGGAAACUGAUUUAGUGGUGUCAGAACAGGAACAUGUCUGAUGUGUUUAAAAGUAAUCAUAUCACACUGGGAGGAAUAGAUUGUGUAUUUGAGGUGCAAUAAGGCUUACCAACAUCUUUCUGGUAUUUCAUGUGUUAUUAGUGACUGCACUUAAAUAUGUUCAUAGUUAGCAGAAGAUAUGGGAAUUGAAUCUCAAGAGUGUAACAAGUAACAAAGUGCGGCCAUGUUUGAGGUGCAGAAUAUUUACCGCAGCCCUCAGAUAAAGAGGAGGAACCAGAAAUUCCGAGACCUCUUCCGGCGUAUGACCUUGGUUGACCUUAGGACCGUGCAACUAGAUGAGGAUGACCUGCCAUACAGAAAGGGCAGCAACGCUACCAUACGGUCUGAGGGUACAGGCACAGAGUACUAUACAAAGCAUGGUCUGCUAUCCUCGUAUGACAGUCAGGAGACGAUCAAGCCAUCCUCACGUCCCGUCAGCACGGCCAGCAACAGUAGCAUGAGAGUGAGACGCCUCUCCAGUUUGACAGAUGAUAAUACGAGGUUUCCAAAGCUACAAGACUGUGCACACUUCCAUUAUGAUCUUGUUGACAUUAAUUCAUUGAAGGUGAGCCUUUGUGAGGAGGAUAAGGAGCACUACCAUCACAGCUCAGAGCCAACAAAGUACUUCUACAUAAAAAUAUCCUCCAAUAACAAGACGUGGCUGGCCAGACGAACUCUCCGCAACUUUCGCAUGCUCGAUCAGAAACUGCACAGAUGUAUAUUCGACAGAAAGUUCAGCCACUUGCCUGAGGUGUCCCUUAUUGAGAAGGAAAAUAUUUCUGAAGAGGAGCUGUACUUAGUGCUACAAGAGUAUCUGUCAAGGUUCACGAAUCUGGCAGGGAGCAUGCUCAACUGUGGAUCAGUUCUCAACUGGCUCGAGAUUGACAAUCGAGGCAACCGGCUGCUGGCGGUGGAUGACAGUGGUAUCAACACACCGGCCAUUGCAGCUGCCCAUGCCAUCAAACGCUACACGGCCCAGGCCGCUGACGAGAUCUCUCUAGAGGUGGGGGAUAUAAUAUCUGUGAUAGACAUGCCACCGACAGAUGACACCAUCUGGUGGAGGGGCAAGAGGGGAUUUGAGGUUGGGUUCUUCCCCUAUGAGUGUGUGGAGCUGAUAGGGGACAAGGUGCCUCAGGCAGUGGUGAGCAGCAUUCCAGAGACACCACAUAACAGGGCCUUGUUGAAGAAGCAUGGCAAGUUCAUCUCUUUUUUGCGCCUGUUCUUCAAUACACGUCCCGAGCGUAUUCAACUGAAGCAGUCUGGGAUAGUGAAGGAGCGAGUGUUUGGCUGUGAUCUGGGAGAGCACCUGCUCAACUCAGGACAUGAUGUGCCCCUAGUAUUGAAGAGCUGCACUGAUGUGAUAGAGACCCAUGGGCUGGUGGAUGGUAUAUACAGGCUUUCUGGCAUCACAUCGAACAUACAGAAACUCAGGUUGGCGUUUGAUGAGGAUCGGGUGCCGGACCUGACGUCAGAGGAAUACCUGCAGGAUGUACACAGCAUCUCCUCCCUGCUCAAGAUGUACUUCCGGGAGCUUCCUAACCCACUGCUCACCUACCAGCUCUAUGACAAGUUUGCUAAUGCAGUGAAGGAUGAUGACAACAAGCUGCUGCGUAUCCAUGACGUCGUGCAGCAGUUGCCUCCCCCUCACUACCGCACCACAGAGUACCUCAUGAGACACCUGGCACGGGUCGCUGCACAUGGCCACGAGACCGGCAUGCAUUCCAAGAACCUCGCCAUUGUGUGGGCCCCCAAUCUCCUCAGGUCCAAGGAGCUGGAGAGUGGGGGAGGGGCGGCGGCCCUGCAGGGGGUGGGCAUACAGGCCGUGGUCACGGAGUUCCUCAUACUGUAUGCUGACCUCAUCUUCAGUGAUAAGAUGCCUUCCUACUCCACUCCUCAACUGAAAAAGACCCAGAAGAAACCACGCCCUAAGUCUCUGGCAAUCUCCACGCCCACCCGUCUCCUCUCUCUUGAGGAGGCGAGAGAAAGGGCCUUGAUGGGCGGGUUUGUGAAGCCUGACCAGAGGUACAUUGACGUAGGGGGCGGGCCAGAGAAUCUACCAGCCAAGUACCACACUGUGAUAGAUCUGCCUGGAUACAAGAAGAAAGGCAGUAGUAAAGAUAAAGGCAAGAAAUCUCCCGGAGGCUUGAAAUCUCUCUUUACUAAAUCUCGCUCAGGCAGUGUGCGGCAGAAAGGUCGCAAGGCCCAGAGUAUACAUGAAUCUCUAAACUUUGAUAUUGGCGACCGCAAGGCUAUCACAGAGGAGGACGUGCAGCACUGGAAGCGUCGCCGUAUACGCAGCGCUAAAAGUGCUGAGUCACUGCUGUCACUACCGGUAACCAGUCGGCUCGGAAGCCCCCUCAGUGAGAGUCUGGACCCAAACAGGCUCAUGAACAUUCUGGCCGGCAAAGAACAUGACAGCCCUACCAAGAAAUACUCGAGGUCGGCCUCCACAGAGUCCCCUCAUACUCUCACCUCCCCACGGCCUCUCACCAUGGAGUUUUCAAUCUCGUUUCCAAGCUUCGUUCUGGAAGACGAUAACUGCCGUGAAAUGGCGAUUGAUGUCAAUCCUAAAGAUAUUGAACUAGACUUCAGCAGUGAGUUAGAGCGUGCCAGUGAACGGGAAUCCUCUGAGAGUCCAGAAGGAGGUGUCCAUCGCAAACAGUCCUUUGUUCGUAACGAUCAGAAACGGCGCGUGAUCUGUCAUCGACGCAUUCCCUCGGCUCCAACCACCCCAAAACAAGAUAAUACUCCCACUGAGGAGUCGUCGAGAGAUUAUGAAGUUUCAGACAAGGACAAGAGCUUGUCACUUCAGGCAUUAGACGUGAGGCCAAAAAUUGCAAGUCGAAGUAAUAGCACGGCGGGCCGGAUUGGUGGGGAGGCCGAGAGGUUUUUUGUUCACAGUAUAACACCUGCGGGUGUGGGUGGUGUAGGGCAGAGCAGUUUCGUGAGAUCGGGUGAGGAGAAUGGGUCUGAGAAACGUAAAGGAUCCAAAACACCGCCCAAAGACAGAAAAAAGUUGAAAGAAGAGAAACAUAAUAGUCCUUCUAUGGAAAGGGCUAGGGCAUUGUCCAUUGAGGAAUGUGUGGAAAGAAGUGAAAGUGAUACUGUCUCGUCGUAUAAAAGUAAUGAGAUUAUUUCUGAGUUACCAGAGAGUCCUGGGUGUAAAAGAAAGCUGUGGAGUGGGAGUACUGCCAGUGUAGAAGAGCCAAAUAAAUCAAGUGUUACUGACGUCAAGUAUAAAGUUGUGAGACGAAAUCAUGACUAUGCAGAAAUUGAUGAAAGCAAAAUGAUUGAUAUACUGACUGAUAAACACUCAAGCAGUGAACAGCUUAGUGAGGAUACGAACAGAGAUUCAAAAUCAAACAGUGCAAUAAGUUUAAGUACAGAUAGGGCACGUCACUAUCGUGUGGAAAGCAUUGAUAAUGUUGUGGCCAGUAGCAGUUCAGUGGGGACCUUAAAUUCAGUGCUUGAAACAGACUUUCCUGCAAGAGCAAAGGUUUUGCAGCGUGCAAAGACGUUUGAAAGUGAAGAAAGCAUGCGAAGAAACGAGGACUUAUUACUGCAGAUAUCAGAACUUGAGCAAGGAUUAAAAAAUAUUAAAAAACGAGAGCCUGGGAAAUCAAUUACAAAGUGUGUAAGCAUUCCUUUGGAUAUUCAGAAAUCCUUGGAGAACAUUCGCAGUCAUAGUGGCAGCCAUUCAGAUAUAACGUCUUCUCUGACAAUAAGUGAGCUCUCGGUGUCACAGGAUAAUGUUUUCAGUGUUGGCGAUGCCAAUGGUGUGAACACGGAGAGACGUAGGAGAAGCACGUCACUUGAUGGCCUACAUGAUGAGUCCCCGCUUUGUAGGACACUGAAGGAGAUCAACGCACAGAUUGACAUGGCAUUCAAGAGUGAGAAACACAAGGCUCAGACUCUGAGAGAAAUGCAGGCAGCACAUAAGGCCUGUCUCACCAAGCAGUCUAGUUAUGAGUCUUAUGAUUCCCAUCAUGAUGAGUUGAAUGUGACGCCCACUGGUCAUCGAUCCUUUGGUAGCAUGAGGGACAGUGAUGUUUCGCCUUCAGACUACGAGAAUCCUGUUUGUAAUGUAAGAAAAUCGGAGAGUGAGAAUUUGAGAAACAUUGAUCAAAACAUUUUUGUUGAGAGGCCUAAGAGUGAAAUCCACAUAGCUGAUGCCCCCAAGGUGAUUAAAGCUCCAACUAAGCUGGAGACAGCCACACCUGUUACUAUGACAACACCUACUCGCCCCUCUCCCCCAGCCUCCCUGGAUAUAGUGUCCACAAUGUCAUCCAAUAAUCAGCCAGGAAACAUGCUAACAAAAUCAAACUCAAUUUCAGCAAUAGAAAGUGAAAUGGUUGCGUCACUAAAACAAACGUCGAACCUCCCACCGUCAAAAACUGGCUUUAGAAUGAGUGAAGAGGAUUUCCAAAAGAUUCUCAUGGCUGAUCCAGAUUCACUAAAACAGUUUGAACAAAGCAUGAUGUACAGUCCAGUGAGAGCACGAGUAAGUAAGGCCUUCCCUGACGACAGGUCAGCUAGAAGCAGUAUUGCCAGCCCUUUGGAAGGGGUCAUUCCCAGGUCACGAUCCAAUAGAUCCAGCCUGGCCAGUCCAGAAGGCAGCCCAGGUAUGUACAGACAGAUGGCCACUGGUAGAGGCAUGAUAAGCCCUGAGACCAGUCCACUGGCCUCUAGACCGCCACGAAGCCAUGGAGGGUCCAGUAUUGAGUCCAGCCCGCAGCAACGGCAGAAACAGACAUCACACCAGCUGACUGCCCUGGAAAUCAGUCCGAAAUCACGACAGAAAAGUAAGUUGCCAGUUCCCAGCAGCAUGGACACCAGCCCAACAUCCAAGCAGAAGCUGAACACAUCGUUCAGUAGCUCAGAAGGCAGUCCCCAGCCACGUCAGAAACAAAACACGUCCUUCAGUUGUGUGGAAGGCAGCCCACAGUCCUGUAGGCAGAAAUUGAACCAGUCAUUUUCGUGUCUGGAAGUCAGUCCUCCAAUGAGACAGAAACAGAACAACCAGUCUAUCAGCAGCUCUGAUAGUAGUCCCCAAGUGAAACAGAGAUUGAACCAGUCCACUAGUAGUUCUGAGCCCAGCCCUCAGACUUCCAGGAGUCGGCUGAACCAGUCCUAUAGCAGUGCUGAAGAAAGUCCUGUGAGCUCUGCAAGGCAAAGUCACAACCAGUCUGAGGUUAGCUGCCAGCUAGGUUCUAGACAGCCGUUUGGAGUUAUGAGUCCACAGUCAGAGGUUAAACGGUUUGAUCCAAAAUCACCACUGGGGUAUAUGUCUGAUGAGAGCCCCAGCUACCAACGGAGGUCUGCUAUCGGAAGGGCAGAACAGCACAGUGGCAUGGUGUCUAGUCCUUUGUCACCAGAACACAAGCAGCCCAGAUGGGAAGACCUAGCUGGUCUGAAUGAGAGUUUCAAAGAGAUUGACAUGUCUGUGUUUAAUGACAACUGGAAAAGAUGCCUGGCUCCAACAGGUGAUUCUAUUAGACAGUCAAACAAGAAUUCUGCUGAUUCCAGUGUCUGUGAGAAUGACUCGACCAGAAACGAAUUCCCAGAAGUGAGCACCGGCACAGAUACAUUAGUACUAGAAAGACCAUCUAUUACACGAAAAGUCACCGCCCAAGUGAAAACUGACCAGCCACUCGAGAACACUACAGCAGCAUUCAAGGCUCGGGAACUUGAGACCUAUGAUAAUGUUUCAGAACAAGAAGUUCUUCUGAUCCAGACAAGAACACCUGCUAACAGACCUGUUGCCAUUGCAAUCAGCCCUAAGAGAACGGUGGUAAGAAGAAGUCAGACCCUGCCAGAGUCAUCUUCCCAGCCUCAGUCCCCAAUGUCAGCACGAUCUGGGAUCACCUCUCCUGUGUGUCUGCUGGAGCAUUCAAACAGUUUUGAGUCGAGUGCUACAGUUUUUGGGCCUUAUCGUGGUCUACCAGUGGAAGCGUUGGAAGUAGAACAUCCAGCUAUUACGAAAUCUAGUACCUCACCGGCCUUAGCUAGACAAACUUCAUUUGAUUCAUCAGUCAAACAAUCUGUAAGAGUUACCAGCCUUGGCUCAUUUGAAGAGUUAAACAGGGAGCAUGCUGCUACUGUAGCAACUUCAAAUGUUCCGAGCAAAGGUUUCACUGUAACCAUUUCAUCAAAUGAAAGCAACCAAUCAGAAGUUACCACUGGUUCAGGGUUCAAAAGAACAGCAGCCAACCAAAGUUCAGUUAACAUCUCAACUCGACAGUCUAACCAAGCAUCAGUAUUGAUAAGGUCAGAAAAAAGUCAAUCAGCAGACUAUUGCUAUUCAGAUUUGAACAAUUCAAGCGUGUCUGAUCAGGCCAAUACAAGUCACCAGACCAGUAUUGGUACCCUGUUGCCACAAAUGUUGGAAGAAAUGGAUGUAAACGAAAGUUGCUUGGGGAUUGCUUCACAUCAGAACAUGUCCAAUGAAAUGAAGGAAAUGAUGCAAGAGCAAAUAAGGGGGCGUGUGGGAAGCAUUCUUUCUCCCCUUGACGAAGUCAUGGCCCCUUUUUCCAAUAUUGGCUCACCAAGAUUGAAUCAGAGAUCUUUCUUUGAUGCCAGCCACCCUCUUGCUGGCUUUGACAUGGAAUCCUCCAUUGAAAUCCCAGCAGACAUUGGUCUGGUCAGCCUGCCUGAGGUGCACAUCCAGUACCUGUCAGAUGGCCCCACUCUCAUUGCCACGCCCAUGGUUCUCAACCGGCUGCAUUUCUCCCCCAGCUGUAGCCAGCCCCACCAGCCUGUGGACAACACUGAGGAGGAGUUUCAAAAUGCCAUCAAUGAUGAUCUUGAGCGUAACCUCGCAAGUCUCCGCAACUACCUUCCCCAGCAUGCCAAUGUCUGUGAACCCGGUAAGCUUCACACCGCAAAUUGUGGCGACCCCUUCAACCUCAACCCUCUACAGAAUCUCGGAGACUCCUUUGUAUGCGGUGGUGACAGUGGAGACCUUCAAAGAAGUAUCUAUGACAACAAUGACUGCCACGCUCCCCUUGUAGAGCACCUGGUUUUGAUCCCACCUGUGACUGUGAUGGACACGCCUCCCCCUGUCAUGCAGGACUCAAUGUCCUCCUCUUCCUCCUCCCAGGUUGACCUCAUGAGCACCAGCUUCACCUACCCCCAGAACUUUGACUCCUGGCAUUACUACAGCCCUGUCGUGAACAGUCUCAGUAUACAGGGAGACAUUGCCCCUCCACCGCUAGAGAUGAUCGAAAUCUGCAAGUCAGUUGUCGUACGUUCUAAACCUCCGACUGGAAAGGACAAGCCUAUUGGGAAACAUUUACAGUGGGAAUACCCGAAAAUAUUGGACAAAGAUGUAAGAGAAGUUGUGAAGAAGAAGACAGAAAAAUUGAAGUCUGAAUCAUCACAUGAGAAUGUCAGUUCAGAAAGAGGGGAAGAGAUAUUAAUCAUGGAUAACCGACCAAGACUGCGAAGGACUCCAGAGGGUCAGAGAAAGGCCAUGCCUGGAAAUGUUUGUGUAACUGAUCUUGUGGACUCAGAUCAAGGUGAGAAUUCUGCUGCUGAAGAUGAUGUAUUUGUAGACCCUAGUGAGGUAACACCACAGACUAACUUUUUCGCUGCAGGUUCAAAGUAUUUUAAACGGAGAGACUUUCUCAGUUAUGGUCACUACCCAGGUUUAGAGGACAAAGGUAGAGAUACGGAGACCGGAGGUCGUGUGAACAGGGUGUUCAGUUUUGAGAUGCCCCCAAGAGUGUCGCCUGAUGAGGAUAUGUUACAAAGGAACCAUGCCAGUGAUAGAUUGAAAACUGAAGUUAGGAAUGACCUCAUGGAUAUUGGGCAUGAGGGUGCUGAGGAUAUCAGGUUCAGUAAAGCCCACAAGUCCAGCAAGCUGCUGACACUUUGUGGGAAAUUUGAGACUGCCUUAGCUGAAGGGGAUGCGUCUAUUGCUGUUGAAUCAGAAUCCAAGAAGACAAUUACGCCUCCAGAGAAAAAUCUGGUCUCGUCAAUCAGACAGAUGCAUGAAUCUUUAGAACUUGAGAAGAAAGAUGGAGAUAGUGCCAGUAAACACAGAGGCAGUAGAAUAUCCCUGGGCAAUGAGAAAGUUGAUGAUUUAUCUGUGAAUACAUCUAGUCCUUUAGGAGAGAGAGCAAUUGUUGCUCAAUUCAAUGACCCCUCCCAGAAAAGUCCUGAACUGCCCGGAGGAGCAAAGAAUAAAGAAGUUCAAUCACCUCAGGGUCGCCCACCCAGGUACAAGGGGAAAACAAGAACCCCGAGCGAAUCUUCACUGAGCGAGAAUGAAUCUACAAGAAGUUCUGGCUUCAAAGCAAAGACUGAAGGUUCUCCUAAACUACGCUAUGAUGGCUCCCCAAAAGGUCAGAGACAGGGGCCAUCAAACCAAGAAGGUUCACCAAAGGUCACUCCUCACAAUAACUCGCCUAAAGGGCAAAGGUUGUCCACACAAACUUCACCAAAGUUAGGCACACAUGCAAAAGAAUGUGCUCCUGCUUUAACAAAGCAGAAAGGGUCUCCAACUCAUUCAAAAGCUGAGACAUCAGGAUCCAGAAUUCCAGUGCUUAGACAGACCAGUUCAAAGGACGAGGCAAGACAAGAACUUAGUCCGCGACUGUCUGGUGCUUCACAAGGAAUACGUCUCAGCUGGGGUUCUGUUGAAAGUGACUCUUCUAAAACAAGAACAAGUGAAGCUAAACAGAGAAUCAGUGAUUCAUUGACUAGACAUGCACAGCUUGGUGAUGCUGUGUCGGGUAGUGACAAAAACACUUGGGAUGAAAAGGGGGGUGACACUGUGUCAAGACUACCUACUGCAGGUGGUCAAAAACUGAGGGAUAAAAGUGACAAAGAUAAGGAGGAAAAGAAGAAAAGGAGAGGAAGUAUAAAAGAAUUGACAAAUAUAUUUGAAGAGAAAAUUGAAAGUUUAGGUAAAAAUGCUAGUAGUCCAUCUCCCACACAGGUUAAACUGCGCAAUCGUGUGCGGAGUGCAUCGCCAAACAGUGCUACAACAAAUUCUCCCGUUCUAGCAGUGAAUGUUCGUCACAGUAUGGAAGUUUUGUCUACAGUACCUACAGAUGUUCCUCUGAUAGGGAGACACUCAGACGGAAACAUCAAACACGGAUCAUUACGUAUGGGCCCUAAACCAUUUUAUGGUGCUAAAUAGCGUGAUAGACAUUUGUAUUGUUGUUUGCUUUGUGUUGUAAUUGGUGUGUCAACAUUUAGGAUAUUUUUAGGAACACUUUGUUGAGGACACCUAUUGUUGUUGUUUUUUGUACGAAUAAAAGUGUACACAUCAGUGUUGUUAAUGUAUUGUUUUUUUAAUUAGUUGUCAAGCAACGUUUCCUUUUAUAACAUUGAUUUUCAUAUUUACCUGCUUGCCAUGGGUACAAGAAUGGAAAGAGUAAACAAUGGCAAAAGGGUUUGCUAAUAUAAUAUGCAGUGUAAAAGCAAGUGAAUCCAAGUAUUUGUGUUGAUAAUUAUUUACUAGUAUUUGAUUUUCAAAAUGUUUAAUUGUUGUGAACAAUUGACCCUGUUGGUAAUCCUAACCUUAUUUUGAAUAAUGACAAUAUAAAUAUACGUUUUGAUAGUUUCAAGAUGCCUAAAAUCUUAACAUUUAAUUUGUAGGUUGGUGCUCAUUUAUGAACAGGGCUAAGUUCAAGUGUUAGUAUUGUUUACACUUUUUGGUUUUCAUCAAAAUACCCAGUUGGUGUUCACUGCAGUAAUUCUAUGUUUUAAUACAUGUAUAUAUUUUGAAUGUGUAAGUGACUGAUUAUUGACAACAGUCAAAAAUGAUUUAUUGGAGUCACAGAGUGAAAAAAAAUGUGUGAAACUUAAUUUAUAGUAGGGCAUUUUCAGUAUUUGAAAGUUUAUUGAAUAGUUGAGUUCAGGGUAAUUUUAUUAGAACAUUUUUAACGGUAACAAAAAACAACAACUGUGUAAUCAUUGUUUGUUUGUCUAAUUUUAAACUUGAUAUGUUAUACUGUAAGGAUUGUACACAUUUUCUGUAUACUUUGCUUCUCCUAUGAAAUACAAUGUUGCGCUAUGUAUAGAUUGCGUUAAAAAAUGUAGACGUAUGGCCUAAAUAAUAAGGUAUAAUAAUACAAAUUUAUUUAGUAACUAAUUAUAUAUUGCUUCUAGUCAUAAGGAUGAAAAUGUUUGAUAAUCAAGACCGUUUAAAUGUAAGACAGACAUUUAUUGACAUGCCUGUAAAUGUCAACAAAACAUUCAGACACGCAGUGUACUGUACAGUUGAUUAUGUAUACCAACCCAUGUGCUAAUUUCAUCGUUGAUCGGUAUACAAUACCCUUUAAAUGAUUUCUCAAAUGUUCUCAACAUUUUCAUUUAUGUUUUCAUUGCAUAACAUUAAGAAAAUAUACACAAAAAUUGAAAAUGUACAAACUAAAGUUGGCUUGACUGGACUGGUUGUAUUAGUGGAGGUAUACUGGUUGUUGUACAUAAACAAUUUAAUGUAGGUAAAUUUUUAAUUAAUUUCACUUUUUUAUCACAAAUUUAAGGUAUUAUCAUCCUUGAUGGGAUAAAGGCACAUACUAUUUUAUUCAGUUUAUUAUGCUCCCCCAAAAUUAAAUAUGCUCACCCAAAUUUUUUUGGGAGGGAGCAUAUAGUCGCCGCUUCAUCCGUCCUUGCGUGUGUCGGUCCGUCCGCGCACAAUUUUUUGUCCGGGCUAUUUCUCAGCAAUUAAUGACCGAAUUCAAUUAAACUUUUAUGGGAAGCUUCACUACCAAGAGGAGAUGUGCAUAUUAUCAGCCGGUUCUGGUCGGAUGAUUUUUUACAGAGUUAUGGCCCUUUGAAAUUUUCCAUUAACUGUACAUAUAGUACCCCCCAACUACUAGACGUUUCCUUUUAACUGAAUAUAUAGUGCAAUCUUGUGGAAAAAAACACCUUUGGGGAGCAUCACCAGUCUCCGUCGGUUUCUUGCUGUAUUUUACAAGGAUCAUGCGUUUUUAUGAAAACAGUUUUAAGUUUAUAACAGAUUAAAAAUGACUUGCUAAAUAAUUUGCAACCAUUUAAAUAAAACAAUAUAUGGGAAACUGUUCAUGCGAGUCUUAUACAGAAAACAAAUACUUUAACAAAUAUUAAAUAGAAAUAGUAUGUCUGACAUUAGCAUGCUUACAUUUAUGUUAAAUUUGUAAAUACAUAAUAUAGAGAAUUCAUGUUAGAAAACAUUGACAUAAACCCAUUCAUGUUUAGUUUUAUCAUAAAUUCCACAAUUUUCUACACACUUCUUCCAAUUUUGAAUGUUUUGGACCACUUAUUAUUUACUUUUUGUUAUGUUUUUCCCUGUAUUAUUUCUUUAGCUUACCUUUUCCCUUUUUACAAUGAAAUUGAGCAUCAUUUUAAUCUUAUUUUUUACUGCAAGUAUCCCAUUUGUUUCGUUGUUUUAAUCAAUUUUAAUGAGCUUGUACUUUAAUAUAUAUUAAUAUACAUAUUAUUAAUUUAUUUUAAUAGUGCAAAUGUUCUCAUGUUCAUGCUAAUUGUUAUUUGUUUCUUAUUUUUUAAUAAAUAUCUAGUCACUAUGAUUUGAAAAAUGCAGUAAAAUAAUAAUUUAACAUUUUAGAAGUCUACAUUAAGAAAAUUGUUGGAUAAUUUAGAAACAUGUUUAAUCUGCAAAUUAGUCUCAAAUUGCAUUAUUUUUUAACCAUACUAAACUUGUCUCUCAAUAAGAAGUUUUGUUUGUGUUAAUGUUAAUCUAAGAUAAACUCAAUACCAUAUACAAUAGGAAUAUAAUGUAAAUAAAUUAUUAUUUCUUGAAGUAUUAAACCUUUUAUUUAAUUGCUUCUAUAUUGCCAUAAUUAUAUGAUUCAGGUGGUAGUUCACCCAUACCUUGUAGAUAUGACCCAGAUGUACAUACUGGUAGGCAAGAAUGUGUAUAAUAUGUAAAUUGCCAUUUUGUUUUACAUUGGGUUGUUUAAACAACUCAUUGACAACUUGAUUAUACUUAAUAUGACUAUUAUUAAAAUGUAUGUGCAAUAAAUAAUUUAAAAAGUGA